AAAGAUCCGAAUCUGCCAAUGAACAUUCUUCUACAAAACUGCCAACUUGCUCAUCUAAUGGCUCAUAAUCCCCACCAAAAUAUUCCCUUUUGGCAUAAUUCCAGCAUCACAAAUGGCACCCUUUUCAUUAUUUAACCGAAAAUAGCACCCCCUCUCUCUCAGCAAGUGCUGCUGGGAAGCCAACUCACUGAAUUUCUUAGGGUUCUUGGCUUUGUUCGAUUGUGUUUAAGAUAUAAUAGAGCAUAUAUAUGGUGAUGAAGGCUGCCUCGCCGAGGGAAUCUAUAAACAAGGUGUUUGAGAGGGUUGGGGUGCAUAGAUUUGGUGUUAGGAGCAGCCAAAAGAGGUGUAGACAUGAAUAUGGAGAAGAAGAUGGCACAAUGGAGCUGCAGCAGAUUGGUGCUGAGAGGACCAAGAAUGUGCUGAUUCUCAUGAGUGAUACUGGUGGCGGCCACCGAGCAUCGGCUGAGGCCAUCAAGGAUGCUUUCCGGCUAGAAUACGGGGAUCAAUAUAGGGUUUUCAUCAAGGAUGUGUGGAAAGAGUACACUGGCUGGCCGUUGAAUGACAUGGAACGGCAGUACAAGUUCAUGGUCAAACACGUGCAGCUUUGGAGCCUAGCGUUUCACAGCACCUCCCCAAAAUGGAUACAUUCCGUCUAUCUCGCUGCCAUUGCUGCAUUCUAUGCCAAGGAGGUUGAGGCCGGUCUGAUGGAGUACAAGCCGGAUAUCAUCAUCAGUGUCCAUCCCCUGAUGCAGCACAUCCCGUUGUGGGUGCUCAAAUGGCAAAAACUACACAAGAAAGUGGUCUUUGCUACAGUCAUCACAGACCUCAACACUUGCCAUCGUACAUGGUUUCAUCCAUCCGUGAACAGACUGUACUGCCCCUCGGAGGAGGUGGCAAAGAGGGCUUUGCUUGAUGGUCUCCAAGAGUCUCAAAUCCGCGUUUUUGGCUUGCCCAUUCGACCUUCUUUCGUUCAAGCAGUUUUCUCCAAGGAUGAUUUGAGGAUAGAACUCGAGAUGGACCUGCAGUUGCCGGCUGUUCUGCUGAUGGGGGGCGGAGAAGGCAUGGGGCCGGUUAAGGAAACAGCAAAGGCUCUCUCAGAAGCCCUGUUCGACACAGAACUUGAGAGGCCGAUAGGCCAGCUGAUCAUCAUCUGUGGUCGGAAUGAGACGCUAGCUUCCACGUUGCAAUCACUCGAGUGGAAAAUACCCGUCAAGAUCAGAGGCUUUGAGAAGCAGAUGCAGAAAUGGAUGGGUGCUUGUGACUGCAUUAUCACAAAAGCCGGUCCAGGUACCAUCGCGGAAGCAUUGAUACGAGGCCUUCCCAUUAUACUCAACGACUACAUCCCCGGACAAGAGAAAGGCAAUGUGCCAUACGUGGUCGAGAAUGGGGCAGGCGUGUUCACCAGAAACGCAAAGGAGACUGCAAGGAUAGUGGCUGAGUGGUUCGGGGAGAAGAAGGAGGAGCUCCAUAGGAUGUCGGGAAAUGCUCUGAAACUCGCGCAGCCUAAUGCAGUGUUCGACAUUGUUAGAGACGUGCACGAGCUAGCCUGGCCGAGAGGCACUCUAGCUAGCGCUCCCUAUGUGCUGACACCGUCGCUGUCGAGCUUGAUCUGUUAGAGGAAUUGUUGCAGAAUGUACAGUAUAAUUAAGUUGCAUCAAGAAUGAUGAUAUUCUUUGGUGAUGAAGAAGAAGUUGAUAGGUAAUGUGUGUAGGUGUGGUUUGGGAUAUAUGAGUGUUGUGUACAUUCUUUUAGGAUAGAGUACUUAUUAGAAGAGUUACUGAUUUGUUGAAGUUGGGGGUUCAAUGUUAGCUUCCAUUUAUUCACAAAUUGCUUUCAUCUAUCUUAGUAUUCUAUCAUUACAACACAA